GAUCCAAUCAUUUAUUGAGCAAAAAGGAUACAAGAUAUCGUGCGCUGCGCGUGAAAAACUAGUAAGGGUGGUUUCCGGGUCCCUUUUAGCUGGAUCGGCUCUUUGAUUCACCUAUCACCUGCAAUUCGGCCUCGCCUUUUCCUUAUUACUUUCUCCAGCACUUGCUGCCCUCGUUCUCGAACUCGGAAGGGAGGAGUGGUGGAGGAGAAUCGCCUUCUCCUUCGCGGCGCUCGAUAUCUUUAGAUGCUUCGAGAUUAUCGAAUUACCUGCUUAAUUUUGCCGAGAUUCGAAGCUAGCGCGCUGUUAUAGUUUAUUAUCUGCCAGGAAGACCUUAAUGAUGUUUCUGCUGCGAAAUACACAUCCUGUUGCUCCGGAUCUAUCAUCUAUUUCAGAAAAGAAGCUACCCAAGGACGCACGAACUCCACCCAAACCAGCUGCCACAUUGGAGGGCCUUAUUGCUGAAGAUCCAUUUCCAAUUGAAAAUGGUGAUAAAGAUAGUGACUUAAGUUGUGAUUCUACCGUUAGCACUUCCAAAUACCUAAAUGAAUAUGGAAACCACUCAGAUGUUGCUGAAGAUGAAGGAUGGAUAACAAUCCCAAAAAGUAAAGUUUGUGAUGAUUGGUUUCGUGCAUCAAAUGUACAGCAGUUGCACUCUUUGGACAGGUCUUUUGUUUUCUCUGGUGAACAGCUUCAUUUGUUGGUUUGCUUAUCAACAGCUAAGCAUGAUGAAGAAGCCAUAACUCCCUUUAUAGUUUCUGGCGGCAUGUUAAAAAACAAAAACUCUACACAGUUUACGAAGCAUCAGAAUGAGGUUUCAUGUAGCACUUCUUCUGUCAGUGGUCAAGUGAAUGACAAUGACAUGCUUACUAUAAAUGCAGGUCCAAGUGAAUGCAAAGAUCAAACUUUGUCUCCUUCUGAGAUGGAACCUGAGCAGGAUGUGACUAUGACCAAAUCUUUGCUUCAGAAGGAAGAACAUAAGCUACGGAUAGAAUCAUUGCUAGAGAAAUUUAGAUGUUCAAACUUCUUUGUAAGAAUUGCAGAGUCUGAUGAACCACUGUGGUCUAAAAGAUUUCCAGUAGAAUCAUCUUCAACAAAGUCAGAGAUGGCAGGAGGGAUAUUCCACGCAAAAGAUGGUGCUCCAAGAAAAGAAAGCUGUAAUUUUCUCAGUGCAAUUAUUGAUCAAGGAAGCUUUGACUUCAGUGCUUCUGGUGGGGUGGCUAGAGAUGUUAGAUGCUACUCCUUGUCCAGUGGCGACAUAGUGGUUCUUUUACAAGUGAAUGUUGCAGUUGGCAAUGUAAAGGAUCCUGUGCUUGAGGUUCUUCAGUUUGAGAAGUAUGGAGCUUUUGUUCCCGAUGCUGAGAACUUGAGUGAUUUACAUUCUUCAAAUCAGUAUGAUCCAUGCGGGGAACUUCUCAAUUGGUUACUCCCUUUGAACCGUACUUUAUCUCCUCCUCAAUCAUUAUUACCUCCAUUUGGGCAGGAUCAAACAGCUGCUACUCACAGGUCAACAUCUUCCUAUUCUGGUUCACAAAUUUUCUCUUUCGGCCAGUUCAGAAGUUACUCCAUGUCAUCACUUCCAAAAGAUAGUGCACCGUCUAUCUCAGCUACUCACAAUUCAAGACCUUCCUUUGACAUAGAAGAUUUAGAUUGUUUCACACCGGAGAGGUCAAAGAAUCAUGAUAUGGAAAAUGAGGGGCUUUUUUCAUUUAGAGGUGUUUCUCUUGUGCCAGAACGGUUUUCUGUUCAUUGUGGUUUUGAAGGUAUUUACUUACCUGGCAGGAGAUGGCGUAGAAAGAUUGAAAUUGUUCAACCGUUAGAAAUUCAUAGUUUUGCUGCUUCAUGCACUACAGAGGAUCUUCUAUGUGUUCAGAUCAAGAAUGUUUCACCCGCACAUUUACCAGAUAUAACCAUAUUUUUGGAUGCAAUAACUAUUAUAUAUGAUGAACCAUCAAAAGGAAGUCCACCUUUUUAUCUACCGCUUUCAAGCAUUGAGACUGGAGGUGGUCACAAUUUACCUAAUCUUCCGCUCAGGAGAGGCGAGGAACAUUCAUUAAUUCUGAAGCCAGUGACCAAACUAGGUGGGAAUCUUAAUGGCCAUGGUAAAACAAACUCUACGGUUCCGAAGGUAGGAAAAACUACAUUGGGAUCAGCUUCGAAGGCGAGUUACUUGAAAAAAAUUUCACCUAGCACAGAUCAGUAUGCAGUUUUAGUUUCCUGCCGUUCUAACUAUACUGAAUCAAAAUUAUUCUUCAAGCAGAGAACGAGUUGGCGUCCCCACAUUGCGAAGGAUUUCAUUAUCUCUGUAGUUUCAGAAAUUUCAGAUCAGACUAUUGGAUCAACAAGACUACCACAACUCCCGGUUCAGGUUUUAACCCUCCAUGCCUCAAACUUAACAUCUGAAGACCUCACUCUGACUGUUCUGGCUCCAUUAUCAUCGCCUUCUUCUUCUUCAGUUGUUCCAUUGAGUUCCUCACCAAUAAACCAUACAAAUACCCGUGCUAGUUUUCCUGAAAUCAUCGGAAGAGAAGCCGGGGAUAAAAAUGCUGGCAAUCUGCAAAGAAUGAGUUUUAUGCCUGCUGUUGCUGAAAAAUAUGAUGUUAAUGAUGCUAAUGGUGAAGUAUCAACUUCUCUUGCUCAGCGCAUUGGUGCAACUUCUGAUUGCCUUUCAAGCACAGAUCGGGGGUGUACGCAUCUCUGGUUGCAGAGCGCAGUGCCCCUAGGAGUUGUACCUGCACACUCAAGUACCAGCGUCAAACUUGAGUUACUUCCUUUAACAGAUGGGAUAAUUACUCUGGACACUCUGCAAGUAGCUGUUCGGGAUAAAGGUGUGACUUACGUACCAGAGCAGCCAUUGAAGAUCUAUGCUACUUCCAGCAUCGCAACAGGAAUUGCUUAAGCUACAGUAUAAUUUACGCAUGAUUUCUUUCUAUCAUUUGGCGUUGCUUGCUGAGGAAAUGUAAAGAUAGGUGCUUUGUAGCAUAGGGAUCCUCUGUAGCUACCAAGUUCUUUCAAACUUGAUGACUGCUUGGUCUGUUCAGGCAAUGUCUCUAUACUGAAUCA